CUCUUGGAGGACAGUGGAUGGACACAGGAAGAGUCUUCUUUCGAUGUUAUCUCCACAACACCUGACCUGAGAUUGAAGAUUGAUUGCUGAUCUGCUACUAGCUAGCUAGCUAGCUAUUAUACAAUCACCAUGUCGUCGAGUAGUACUAAUAGUAACAGCAAUAUCCAAUCGGUGUUUUUCAACCUGAAAAAGCUCCACCGUUUGAUUGAGCCAGGCGCCAAGCUGCAUCCACUGGAAUACCCCAUUCUGUACAGUCUGGGCAUUUGGUUUGUAACGGUGCAAGGUCCAUGGGGAGAUGCCUUGCGACAAGUCGCUCUGUUGAACGCGACUCGUCAAGUGAUGCUCUUUAUUCCGGUGGUACAACUUCCCGCGCUACUGACUGGCCACAUGAGUUAUGUCGAUAUUGGAUGGCCGGCGGGAUUGGUCUUGUUGAGUCUCAAUGUGGCGUACCAUGCUGACGGCGGCAGUGAUACGCGGAUCCGAUUGCUCAGUGGUGUCUUGUUCCUUCACGGUCUGCGCAUGUUCCUAGGGGCGUUGCACAUGCUGUAUCCCUAUCGAUGGCCCAAGGAAUUCUUUUCCCGUUACCAAUAUGCCAAGGAUCGAUGGAUUUCUCAAACGGGAGGCGCCGCGGGGUGGACUCUCAAACAACAGCACGAUACACUCCUCCAAGCAUAUGCCAAUUCGGUUCCUCUGGCGGCACCCGUCUUUUUGGCCGCCACCAAUCCUCGGACUACCGUCCAUCCACUGGAAGUCUUGGGAGCCAUGGGGUGGUUGGUUUCCUGGUGUAUGGAAAAUUGGGCCGACGUGUCCAAGAAAAUGUGGGAAUUGGAAGCCAAUAAAAAAGGAAAUGAACACUACAAGGAUAUUGUAUUGGGAUUUCAGCCUCCCCAUAAUCAAGGCAAAUACGUACUGUGGGGACUCAGUCGACAUCCAAACUACUUUUUUGAAUGGACUUGUUGGCUAUCCAUUGUCGGCAUGGCCAUUCCUUCCGCCAUGGAUUUGAUGAUGUCACCCGAACAACCUGCUACUGCCAAAUUGGGAGUGGUGCUCGUCCUCAUCUCGGCGCCUCGUUUGUUUUACGAUUGUCUCCUCUAUUGGACGGGAGCGGCACCCGCGGAAUCCAGGUCCAUUCAAAGACGACCCAACUACAAGGAGUAUCAAAAGACCACCAAUGUAUUCUUUCCCUUUUCCAUGCCCGUUCUCAAUCAUCACCGGACUCCGGGGUGGCCCUUGGUGGAUGAUCGCCCCUUGUUGGAUGAUCGCAAGAGCUGAGCCAGCAAGCAACAAAAAGUCAACACUACUUAAAACUACACUCCAGUACGUAGCGGCAAUAUACAAAAAGGAAAGUAAUACAUAUGUACAUGUACCCACCAGUAUGGUGAUCAUUCACUUCACUUUAGCCUGCAGUUAGUCAGCGUAGGCAAGGAGUGUUCGAAAUAAACGACCCCUUUCGCUCCCUUCCGGUUCCG